AUGGAUGAGCCGAUCGCUAUCAUCGGGGUGGAUGCCAGGCUGCCUGGUGAUGGCGACACCGCCGAGAGCUUCUACGAGUCACUGCUGGCAGGGAGAUCGGCCAGGUCUGAGAUACCCCCGGAGAGGUUCGCGAUCGACUCAUUCUGGCACCCCGAAGCUGAGAGGAGUGGCUCGACCCGGGCAAGACAUGCACAUUUCGUCAGAGGCAGUAUUGCAGCAUUCGAUGCGCCCUUCUUCUCUGUCACGCCGGCUGAGGCCAACGGGAUGGAUCCCCAGCAGAGGGGGAUGCUGGAGUCUGUCUACAAGGCUCUCGAGAAUGCUGGCAUUCCUAUACCAAAGGCCGCAGGCUCUCAGACCGGCGUCUACGUCGGCUGUUUUGCCUACGAUUAUAAUGACAUAAUAGUAAAGGACUUGGACCUUCCCUCCAAGUACGCCGCCACCGGUACGGUGGCGAUCGAUACGGCCUGCUCCAGCAGUCUGGUGGCGGCUCAUGAGGCGUGCAUGAGUCUGAAGCUUCGUGAGAUUGAUAUGGCCGUUGUUGGCGGUUGCAAUCUCAUGCUCUCGCCCGAGAUGACGCUGAAGCUAGACGCAGCUGGCGUUCUUGGCCCGGACGGCAAAUCGUACAGUUUUGACCACAGAGGCAACGGGUAUGCCCGUGGAGAGGGAUUCGGCACCUUGGUACUGAAGCGAGUCUCUGAUGCAGUCCGUGAUGGCGACGUUAUCCGCGCCGUCAUCCGAAAUUCCUCCACGAACCAGGAUGGCAAGUCUCCUGGCAUCACACAGCCAACCAAGGCUGGCCAGGCUGCUCUCAUCAAGCAUGUCUACAAGAGAGCUGGGCUCGACCCCUCUGUGACCCGGUUCUUCGAGGCACACGGCACGGGCACUCAAGUAGGCGACCCAAUCGAAGCCAGUGCUAUCGCCGAGAUCUUUGCGUCUCACCGGUCGCCAGACGAGCCCCUCUAUGUGGGCGCUCUCAAGAGCAACGUGGGACAUCUCGAAGGUGCGGCUGGAGUUGCUGCAAUCAUCAAAGGAGUCUUCACGCUUGAGAAAGGUGUCAUUCCACCAAACAUCUGGUUCGAGAAGGCCAAUCCCAAGAUAAAGGAUUCGUGGCAUCUGAAAUUCCCCACCGAGGCAACGCCUUGGCCUCAGGCUGGCCUCCGCCGAAUGUCGAUCAACUCGUUUGGCAUUGGUGGUAGUAAUGCCCACGUGGUCAUGGAUGAUGCUUUACAUUUCCUACAGCAGUAUCGGCUGGUUGGUAACCAUCGCACCCUUGUCGCUCCAGGCUCGCGGGGCAUCCGACAACAGCCACACAUCAACGGACACACCAACGGCACCAACGGCGCCAAUGGUACCAACGGUACCAGUGGCGGCCAUCGUCGAACGGACAGUGGAAUAGAUAUGGGCGUAAAUGAUGAUACUGAUGCAGCUCUCAGCCAACUAUUUGUGUUAUCCACGAGCGACCAGGAUGGCAUACAGCGUAUGCGAGAUGCCCUCGAGGGAUACCUGGCGUCAAAGUCUCGCGAGAACUCAAUCGCCGACGAUGAACGGUUGCUCAAAGACCUCAGUCACACGCUGGCUUCCAAGAGGACUCAUCAUGCAUGGCGAGCUUUCACAACCGCAGACAGCCCCAGCGCUCUGCAGGAUACGCUGAAGGUGAUGCCAAGUGCGGCAAGGAUCAAGUCCCAGCCUCGUUUGGCAUUCGUCUUCACGGGACAAGGUGCCCAGUGGCCAGCGAUGGGCAUCGAGCUCAUGGCAUAUCCGGUCUUCCAAGAAAGCAUCCUGUCCGCUGACAGAUACCUGAAUGAUUUGGGUUGUUCCUGGUCUCUGUCCUACGAGCUUUCCAAGCAUGCGGGCUCACGCGUUGAUGACCCUGAAUUCUGCCAACCAAUCUGCACCGCCCUACAAAUUGCCCUUGUGGAUCUCCUGGCUAGCUGGGGCAUAUUCCCCCACGCUAUCACUGGCCAUUCUUCGGGAGAAGUAGCAGGUGCCUACGCUGCCGGAGCAAUAUCGAGAGAGGCAGCUUGGAAAGUCGCCCACUUCAGGGGCAAGCUGAGCUCAAAGCUGAUCCGAUCGGGGUCCCUGCCUCAGACAAGUAUGGCUGCAGUAGGUCUGGACACCAAAGCCACUUGGGCUGCAAUCGAACGCGUGAACAAAAUGGGUGGCCAAGGGACCCUGGAAAUUGCCUGCAUGAACAGCUGGCAGAGCCAUACUGUCAGCGGUGAUGCCAAGAAGAUCAACACGCUCGUGGAGAUGCUCAAUCAGGAGAAGGUCUUCGCCCGGAGACUCAAUGUCGAAAUCGCCUACCAUUCGCAAUACAUGAAGGCCAUUGCGGACGAGUAUCUCGAGGCGAUGGGAGAAUUGGAAGCUGGGACAAAUCAGAACCCGUUCAAGUCGACGUUCUUCUCCUCGACCCGUGGCUCUUCCAUCUCUCUGGCUGAACUCCGAAAGCCAUCUUACUGGGUCGCCAAUCUUGUCUCCCCUGUACGGUUUUGCGAAUCUGUCACAGAGCUUCUCAAAGAUUCUGUUGACGGACCGAAGAUCAAUGGAUACACGAAGACGAAGCCGGCUCCUUCGGCACUCAUCACAGACAUACUCGAGAUUGGCCCUCACGCCGCCCUGAAAGGCCCCUUAGCCAAUAUUUCCAAGCAAAUCUCGGGCAGAGAUGCAAUCACCUACCAUUCCAUGAUCAAACGCAAGUCGUCUGCUGUGCAGACUGCCCUGGAGGCAGCUGGAUCACUUUUCUGCCAAGGCUACGAGGUCGACCUGUCUGCAGUCAACGAGGCCCGCGGAUCAGAUGGCCACAAACCACUAAUGCUAAUUGAUUUACCGAGUUAUCCAUUCAACCAUUCGAAAGAAUACUGGCUUGAGAGCCGACUGAGCAAGAAUUCCCGCCUGCGCCCGGCUGGACGUCACGAUCUCCUCGGCGUGCCCAUAACAGACUGGAACAAGAGUAACGCAACUUGGCGCAAUUACAUCCGACUGUCAGAGAACCCCUGGAUUGAGGACCAUAAGGUUGCUGGCGAUGUGUUGUACCCUGCUGCGGGCAUGCUCGUCAUGGCCAUCGAGGCUAGCCGACAGAUCGCCCAAGAGAGCAAAGCCCUGAAGGGCUUUAGGUUUCGAGACGUCUCGUUCCAUUUGGCGCUGCGUGUUCCUGAUGACGCCCAGGGCGUUGAAACACAUUUCUACCUGAGACCAUACCGAGAGACCAGCUCACCUGGCUCGUCGACAUGGAAUGAGUUCCAACUGUGGUCGUUCAAUGAUGGCGAAUGGAGAGAGCAUUGCCGUGGACUAGUGCAGAGCGAGUAUCAGGAGGAAAAGACCAAUAGCGAACUGAUGGUCCAGGAACAGUGCAGGAAAGUCGUUCAAGAUGCUCAACAAGCUUGCGCGGCUGACAUAGCAGUCGACAAGGUGUACCGCAAGCUCAAGCAGUCUGGGCUGGACUUUGGCCCUACAUUCCGGACACUGGAUGAUAUCCGGCUCGGCCAAGACCUGACGCUGUUCGCACGGGUCAACUCGCCGGUGUCGAAGAUCCAAGAGGUCAUGCCAAGCCAUUACGUGCAGCCUCACUUGGUCCAUCCAGCACUCUUGGAUGGUGUCGUGCAUGCAAACAUCGCACCACUGGUGUCAAACUCCUCAGGCGCUGAUCAGCCCAGGGUCCCGAUCUACGCCGAGAGCAUCUGGAUCUCAGCCAGCCCGGAAGCUCACAACGCCUAUCUGGUGGUGACGGCUCAACCCUCGGUCCGCGGGGAGAGCGAGACCGAAUCGUCCUUUACCGCGGUCAGCCCCGAGACAAAUAUUCCUUCAGUCUACGCCUCCGGUCUGAUCUUCAAGACCCUCCCGGGUGGUGCGUCGCAGGACGCCGCUGAGUCGCUGCACGAUGCUUUCAACAUUGAGUGGAAGCCAGACCCGACACUUCUGAGCGAGAAGCAGGCCUCUAAAGUAUUCGGUGUCCCCAUGGCCACCGGGGACAACCCAUCAGAGUGGAUGGAGGAUUGCGAGGCGCUGUGCCUUGCGUACAUUCGCCGAUUCCUCGCUUCCAUCACGAAGGACCGCAUCGGCCGUAUGGAAGAGCACCAUCUGAAGUACGUGUCGUGGAUGGAGCACAUCGCCCGCCAGGCGACUGACAGGAUUGUUCCCGGGAUCGAGCACGUCGAGGACAAGGUCAGGUCGAGAGCUACGCCCGAGGGCGUCCUGAUCAUCGCUGUGGGCCAAGCGCUGGAAGAGAUGCUGGGAGGUCCCCUGAACCCGCUCGACGUCAUCUUCAAGGACAAGAUCGCCGAGAAUGUCUACCGCUACGGCCUGGGCUCUCAAAGAUGUUACGAGCAGCUUUGCAGCUAUGUUGAUGCCCUGGCACACAAGAAUCCAGCCAUGCAGAUCCUCGAAAUCGGUGCUGGCACCGGCGGUGCGACCAGGCCUGUCAUGGAGACGCUGACGGCCCAGGGCAAGCGAUAUGAGAAGUAUUGCUUCACCGACAUUUCGCCAUCUUUCUUCGAGCAAGCCAAGGACGCCAUAUUCAAGGACCAGCUGGACAGCGCAGACUUCCGCGUACUCAACGUCGAGAAUGAUCCUCUCGACCAGGGCUUCGAGGCCGGCCGGUACGACCUUAUCCUGGCUGCCAACGUGUUGCACGCAACGAAGAAGAUCGACGUGUCGCUCUCCAAUGCAAAGAGGUUGCUUAAGCCUGGGGGAAAGCUCCUGCUCUUCGAGAUUACCAACAUCGAGGUGCUGCUCAGCCAUUUCUGCUUUGGUACGCUCCCUGGCUGGUGGCUAUCAGAGGACAAGGACCGCAGGUGGGGGCCAUUGAUGUCUGCUGAGGGCUGGCGAUACCACCUCUCGCAAAGUGGCUUCACUGGGCUUGACGCGGUCUUCCAGGACUUCCCUGGCUCUGCCCAUCAGAUGAGUUCCAUCCUUGUGUCGGGCGUGCCAUCAGAAAAUGCGGCAACCUCCACAACUGGAACCACCUGUAUCGUGACCGACGGACUAUCGGCACAGCAAGUUGAUGUUGCCAGGAAGAUCUCGAAGGCCCUCGACGCGAAUGGCUCGGCAUGUGAUGUUACGUCUUUGAUGGCAUUGGGUGAGAAAGACUUGAACGGCACUACCUGCGUGGUUCUUGCCGAACUCAAGUCCUCACUUUUCCAAGACAUGACGGACUCCGUCUUUUCAUCGAUCAAGCGAAUGACCAGCCAGUGCAAGUCGUUGCUGUGGGUGACCAAAGGUGGAGAUGCACUCGCACCGGCGCCUGACAUGGAGCCUGUUACUGGACUGGCCAGAGUCGCUCGGUCCGAGAGACCUGGCUUCCAGUUCGUCACUCUUUCGUUCGAGCAGAACGAGGCUCCAGGCACUAUCGUAGAACAGUGCGUGCGGGCUCUCAGCGCCUCGCAGAAUGACAACGAGAACUCCUUCAGGGUCACUGGCGGAGUUCCGCACGUGCCACGACUUGUGAAGGCUGAGUAUCUUGCGGAUCACAUCCGAUCCCAAACCGCUGCUCUGGGUGUGGUCCAGAAUGCCCUCGGCGGAGAGGCUUCUCGGUCCCUGGCUCUGCAGGUCGGCACUCCAGGCCAGCUGGAGUCACUGAGAUUUGAAGAUGAUCUGCUCCAUGAAACACCACUUGCUGCCGAUGAGGUCGAGUUCGAGCUUAAGGCCUGUGGCUUGACUGCCCUGGACUUGGCGUCAGUGAGAGGGAAGGUCAAAGAAACUCCCUUGGGUCUCGAGGCAUCUGGCAUUGUCACCGGGACUGGGCCAGCCUCCAAAUUCCAGGCCGGAGAUCGGGUCUUCGGCCUGGCGCUGAAUGGUGCGCUUAAGACACACGUCAGGUCUUCAGAUGGCUUCAUGGCCAAGCUGCCUGACCGCCUGUCGUGGGCCGAGGCUGCGUCCAUCCCCGUCGCUUACACUACUGCCUAUUCUGUGCUUCAUGAGAUGGGGAGUAUCCGCAAGGGCGACAAAGUACUCGUGCACUCAGGUGCGAGUAGCCUGAGCCAAGCAGCCGUUCAGCUUGCUCAACUUGCUGGUGGGGAGGUAUUCGUUACGGUUGACGGGGAGGCUCAGCGUUCCUUGUUCGCAACAACGUAUGGCAUUCCGCAGGACCACAUCCUCUCGGCUCGAGAUGCAUCCUUCAAGACUGUCAUUCAUCAGAUGACCCAGGGCCGUGGUGUCGACACCGUGCUGAACUCUGUUGGGAGCGACUUGCUCACAGAGAUCGUGGCUUGCGUUGCCCCAUUCGGCCGGUUGGUCGACCUCAGUCCAGCUGACGACAACACCAAUGCACGCAUCUCGUUGAAUGAUCUCCAACAGAAGAACAUUCGCUACGAGACUUUUGAUCUCAAGUACCGAGCACUGAAUGACCCUGUGCGGACCCAGCGUAGCUUCCAGGGAAUGGUUGAGCAGCUUCUCCUGAGGGGGCCAGAGUCGACUAUCCAGAGAACACCAAUCUCCACCCAUGCGUUCUCUCGGCUUGGAGAUGCGUUCCGCCAGAUGCAGUCUGGGACUCAGGUUGAGAAACUGGUUCUAGAGCCGCACGACCAGGAUGUCGUCCCUGUCCUUUCAAGACGCGUACCGGCUUGUCAAUUUGAGCCUAACGCAACUUAUGUGAUCGCCGGCGGUCUCGGUGGCCUCGGAAGAUCUGUAGCGCGAUGGAUGGCUGGUCGGGGAGCAAGGAACCUGAUUCUGCUGUCUAGGCGUGGCCCCGUGCAAGAUGCUGCCAAGCAGCUUGUCCAGGAGCUCGAGCUUACCUGUGUUAACGUCGCCACGCCGGCUUGUGACGUGACAGAUAGUGAGACCCUCAGAGAUGUCAUUGAGAAGUGCCUGGCAACCAUGCCGCCUAUCAGAGGAUGCAUACAAGGUUCCAUGGUUCUCAAGGAUAACCGCCUUGAGGACAUGACUCUCGACGAGUGGAACGACGCCGUCCGACCCAAAGCCAACGCAUCAUGGAACCUUCACGAUGUCCUAGGCCGCAGCCUAGACUUCUUCAUCAUCCUCUCGUCGACCGUCGGCAUCACCGGCGGCCCAGAACAGGCCAACUACGCAGCAGGCAACACCUUCCAAGACGCACUCGCCCGCCAUCUUGCGUCACAAGGCGCACAUGCCGUCUCGCUAGACCUUCCCAUCAUCCGCGGAGUCGGAUACGUGGAAGAGCGUCCUGAACUGCUCGACCACCUCCGCUCGAUGGGCUGGGCCUUCAUGGAGGAGAAUGAGUUCCACGCCGCGCUCGACUACCACUGCCGGCCCGUCGAGGGCUCCGUGCCUAUCGUCCGGUCGCAGGUGCUGCCGCGGUUCUGGCUCCCACAACAGACCGCCGCAGAUGGCCACGAGCUGCCGACCUGGAGGCUCGACCCCCUGUUCAGCCACCUCGCCGUGUCGAGCUCCGCCACCGCGGCGGCCGCGGAGGGCACGACCGACGCGAAGAAGUCCGUCAACCACGUUGCGCUCCUUACAGCUGCUAAGUCGCCGGAGGAGGCUGAGAAGGUGGUUCUCGAGGCGCUCCUGCUCAAGCUAUCCCGCGUGCUGAGCGUCGAUGUGUCGAACUUGGAUGCUGGCAAGCCGCUACAUGCGUACGGGGUCGACUCGCUGGUGGCGGUCGAGUUGCGGUCGUGGAUAGCGAAGGAGCUCAAGGCGGAGGUCUCUGUCUUCGACAUGACCAACGCGUCGAGCAUCUCCCAGGUGGCUACCACCGCGGCGGAGAAGAGCAAGCUGGUUGUGAAGGGCGGUGGGAAUUGA